AUGGACAAAUUUUACGAUAGGUAUUUCAAGGCAGGUGAGAGAAACUUUGAAUUUUCCACUUCCAGCCUGAUCAAUUUAGUGAAAAACGAGAAGACAAUAAAAAUAAGUCCUCAAAAAGGUUUUGUUAUAAAAACAUAUGAUAAAGAUGGUGGAAAAGUAUACUUCAACAUUCUAUCAUCCAGUUUGAUUGCUGAAUUUCAUUUAAAAAAAAUGCCAGACCUAAAUGAUAACGAAGGAUUGAGAAUUCCUUUAAGUAUUGGGGAGGAAAAACAGAAAGAAGAUAAAAAGGGCAACAAAUACAAAACUUAUGACAUCGUUCUUAAUUCCAGUGUUGUUUCACAGUGUAAAAAAAAUGUGGAAUUAAAAAAAGUUAUUGCUGAAUUGGUGCAGGUAGCUAUCAAAAAUAAGUACAAAAUGGACACUUGCACCAACUUAUUUUUUUUUCCUGAACAUAAGUACAAAGGAAGUACACCAGAUGACCAAUACAUAAAGGACGACCAACAGCACAAGUUUAAUGUAGUGCAGGAGGAGGUGAAGCAAGACGAACAAGAGAACAGUGGAGGAGGUAGAAACAAAGGAACUGGUGAUUAUUUGCCCGAUUGUCUCAACAAUCGAAGCAACAAUAAUGAGAUGAAAGACCUGUUGAACAAAGAAGAUAUUGAAAAUUUCCUAUCUGUUAAGAAACCAGAGUGGGACAUGUGGUUUGUUGAUAAAAAGACACUAGAGGAAAGGCAUAGAAAACUGACUAAGUUUUAUGUACCCUAUUUGCGCACAUUCCCAAUGAAAGAUAAAAUUGAUUGCUUUGAUUUUAAACCCCCUUUUUUAAAUUCCAAUAAAAAUAAAAAAAAUAAAAAAAUAUCAAAGAACGAAAAUUUCAAAUCCUUUUUGAAUGAUUACAAUAUCGAAUUAGAUGACGAAUUUUUACGUUACCAGCAGGUGAUAAACACAAUAUGUGUCAUUCAAAUUCAGCUCCCUUUUUUCGUCCUAGCCCAACGCAAUGGCAGAAAUGAGGAUGAACCGUUUUUCGUCCACCAUUUAGUAAAUCUGUACAUAAGCGAUGAGCACCUGGGUGUAUUUUUUAAGAAAUCUCCUGUAUUUCCACCAGGACACAAUCCUCCGUACAAGAAUUUCAAUAUACGCUUUCCUUUUUAUUUUGAAUCAUCAAAAGCGAUAUCGCAUUAUUUGGAAAAAUAUCACCUCUUAAAUAUCAUCAUACCAGUGAACAAAAGUUCUGCUAUUUGCGAAAUAUUUAACGGAAAUCUUCUAAACAAAGAUGAAGGUACAUCAUCAGAUGUUGCAGAAUCGAGUGAUAAUUCUAUAUUUUAA